AAAAAAGAAAACUCGGGUGGAACAAACAGAGAAAUAAAACAUAAAAAGGAAUACGUAUUUAAUUUACAAGAAACUGAAAUAGGAAAAUCGAAAAAAGACACUUUUUUUUUUUUCGUUUCUUUACCAGAACCAUUAAGAAUAUUCUUUCCUUUACUAGUCCUUUUCCAUUUUUUUUUUUAAUCAAAAACCCUAAAUGCACUUUUGAAUGCAUUCUCAAUCUUUGUGGAAAAGCAAUCCCAUAAUCUGAUAUUCUUGAUCCAUCCCAUUUUCCACCUUUCAGCAGGUGAUUCCUGUCUGUAUCGGUCUACAUUCGGUGGUGACAAGGGGCUACAACGCCCUAGUUCGAACUGAUCAAGUGAACACCAAAAUACAGAACAAUAUGUCAAAUUUCAUGGAUGGUGAUGGGGGUUCAUCAGAAAUGUUCCCCAUCGAUCCUCUCAUGCCCACAAAUUUUCUCUCCCAUAUUUCUUUGAUUGUUGACGGUUCUAGAAAUUUAUAUGUUCCUGGCAGUCAGGCACUUCAAGAAGCUUUUAAGUGCUUUUCAAAAUGUGCUGGUGCGCUGCUAGUAUGGUUUGCCAGUGGAUCAAACUCUAGAGCUAAUAACCAAACAUCAGGCGGUCAUCAAGGUUCAAGAACCACCAGGUCUAGAAUGUCAAUUCAAGCACAACAAACAGCUUCAAGUAGACAUAAUUUCAUUGAACUAUUCUGGCAAUCAAGAUACAAAGGGAAAAUUACCAUCCCUGUGAUAUUUAGUAAGAUUUCAAAGUUCACCAUGAAUCAAAUGUACAAAGAAGCAAAACAUCUUCAAUCAAUUCCAGUGCUCUCACUAGCUGCUGCUUUAGUACCUCCAUUUGACAAUUUCUCUAGUGACGUUCUAUCUGUCCAACUGGAUAGCAGUGCUAUGGAAUCACAGAGUGGUGAGGAUCAACGGCCAUGUGAGGUUGAACACCGGGGAUGUGAUAAUUCGUUUUUCGAGAAUUUAAAUUGGUCUAGACAUGCAGUUGAGCCCAGAACGGGUAUUGAGUUUCCUACUAUCUUGGACAACCUAAUAGCUGGGGAGCGAAAUUCCAGUUUCGCAUCAGAGGUCCUUGUUGGGACUGGAUCCAGAAUAAUGAAAAUUAUCAGAAUUAAAUCUCUAAAGGUUUAUGCAUUUGGCUUCUAUGUGCAUCCUUUUGAUGUCUGCCGGAAGUUGAGUUGGAAAUAUGCCUCAGUUCCUUUUUGUGAACUAAACAAACGACAAGAUUUUUAUCAGGAUCUUCUCAGGGAAGACAUUAGCAUGACCGUAAGGCUUGUUGUUAGCUGCAAUGGAAUCAAAAUCAACACAGUCCGAGAUGUCUUUGAGAAAUCUCUUCGAGCUCGGUUGUUGAAGACAAAUCCUGACACUGAUUAUCGCUGUCUUUCUACAUUUGGCUCUAUGUUCUCUGAAGAUAUUCCUAUACAUGCAGGUACAACAAUCAGUUUUCGCCGAACAACUGAUGGACAUCUAAUUACCGAGAUCGGAGGCAACCAUAUUGGAACAGUUCAGAGUAGAGAAUUGUGUAGGGCAAUUUUUGAUAUGUACAUUGGCGAUGUUCCUACAUGUGAGGAAACAAAAGAAGAGAUCGGGAAAAAUGUUGCAAGUAUCAUUGGGGGGUGUUAAAAACACGCGGUUUUAUCUUUCUGCUCUCACAAGAGCUUAUUUGCUGCCAACAGCUCAGGGUUCUUGAGGCAAUUGACUUCAUAAAGCAGUAAUUAAGGAAGCAUAGCGUCCCAAUUAUUUGGAAACAUAGGUUUCACGAGGAAAUGGAGGAUAAAAGAUUGUUAGAUUUAUAUAUGUAGAAUCCUUUUAUUUUAGGCAGGGUUCUUAUAUUUAAAAUUUAUUCAAAAUUGAUUAGAACACAAGAUUUCUGGUAACCUUGUAGGUGAGCAGGCAUUACAGUGCCAAAUGUUGUAAAUUUAGUUUUUAGGGAAUAUUGGAACUUGAAGAGAGAGUGAGAUUGUUCUGCACUUUGUAAAUUUAGCUUCUCUCCUAUUCUGUAUAA